AUAAGUUUGCGCAAAAUGGACUGUUUGAAAUUAUUGGAAACUUUGGAUGUUCUAGGUUGUGCUGGUAUUUGUAUAAGUACUGAGAAUUCGCAGCUGCUGCAAAAUUCGUUGCUUAUUUUGCAAACAGAAAAUCAUUUCCGAAAAUGUUAUUAUUGGGGUAGAAUUAAUGGAUUACAAAAUGAUUAUCAUAUUGCAUUCGGCUAUGAAAAGGAUUGCAUGAAUGGCAGAGUAUAUUAUUAUAGCACAGAUGGCAUAAACUGGUUGUUGCUGCCAAAAGCAACAAAGUGUGGACGUUUCCUGAGUCCUUUGGCGGUCAACAGAUUCGAUGGUGAUCCAUCCAUUGUCACAAAUGUUUAUAAUGUCAACCCACCAUUUCCACCAGAUGAGGAUCCCAAAGCUUAUUACGAUGGUCCUGUGCCAAAGGAGCUGAAAGAAGAAAAUCGUCUCGCAGCUGUUGUGGAAUCUAUCACUGAAGACGCAGCGAUAAUUCCACGUGGGGCUUGGUUCAAAUGUCCGGAUGGCGACGUGAUCGAGAAUCCGAGCUUUGAAGGUCUCCGCUCUUCGGAUGCUUGUCAUCUCAAGUCCUACUUGCACGCUUGGAUGCCGAAAGAGAAAUGGAAUACCAAUUUACUGUCUCGGCCUGAUUAUAAUUAUGCAUUAGACUUCCUGGACAGCAUAGACAUGGACGUUCCUCGAGAAUGUUGGGAUAUGCAAUUUCUCAUGGGUGGUCGUCUGGUCAUUUUGCACAGUCUAUAUUGGCAUGGAAUGACCUUCUUUCAUAAGUUGAAUUCGCCACAUUAUGGAUUUUUAUAUGUUGGGUAUGGAAAGAAAAAUUUAGAUCUUCCAUUCAUGUAUUAAUAAUACAAAAAA